AUGCAGUGUUACACUCGUCAUUUGAUUUCAAAAAUCGCUCGUACUGUGGCCAUCAGACAACAUAAAUAUCGUAAGAAUGUACGACCAAGCAAAGUAAUUCAACAACAAAUUGAUGCUGAUUGUAGUUGCACAACAGAAGCAAUCAUUCAAGCACAUCGUGAACCUGAUAUUCCAUUCGAUUUAUUGCAAAAGCGUACUAUUGAAGAAAUGCGCAAAAAAGAUUCUCAACAAAAGUCAGGUCAAUAUGUGAUAAAAACAUCUUGA